AAACCUCUCAUUCAUUUCGCCCUUAAAUGCGACCGGUUGCAGAGACGGGGGGUAAAAAACAGCCUCGGAUUUAAUUAGCUGGGUUCUCUCAGUCCUCUGCUCAGUGAUCGCUCAUUUGCGCGGGUAUUAAUCUUUCUUUUUUUUGUCUUACUGUCUCUCUCUCGCUCUAUCCUGUGCUCUCCCUUUCUUGCUCUCUCUGGAGGCUGUGGAGAUGAUUAUGCACCCAUGGGAGACAGACACCACAGACGAGCCAAGCUUCCCUGCGCUUCUGUGGAGUUGCUAUGGCCGGGAAGAAUGUCACCCACUUCUGCCGGUGCACACAUUUCAUUUUGAGCGCAGAUUUUGAGAGAUAAUCACUGCCCCCAUUUUUUUCCCACGGAAUGUGCUUGAAUUGCGAUUGUUGAGGUAUUUCAGAUUUGAGCAGAGCGCGACUUGCCUGUGUUUCCAACAGCCAGUUAGUCUUCGGAGUGCGAUCACUGAUACUGUCCGUCUAAUGGAUGGGGGGAGCUGAAUUACUGUCGGGGGCUUCACUAUUCAACAAGCUGCGCUGCUCGCUCCUCCUGGCUGCACAGCGAUGGGCGCAGUUUGCCUGAGCCUUUCAUUACGUCUCGCUUCUUCGGCCCAGCUUGUUGAAUCUCCACCUUGGUGACUAAAAUGGAGAUUUUCUAACAAACUUCAAAAAUCAUCAUCAGUCGACUCCAUCUUUCCUACAAAAGUUGAGCAUGGCGCGUCCGGGUGUUUGCGUCUGGAGGCUGUUUUGGCUCCUGAGCGCCUUGGUGGAUUUUGCGCUGCUCCAGGAGACCUACGCGCCACAUUCCAUACGGACACAGGGGCACUUGACCCUCGGCGGGCUCUUCCCGGUGCACUCCAGGGGACCCGACGGCACGCCGUGCGGGGACCUGAAAAAAGAGAACGGCAUCCAGCGCUUGGAGGCCAUGAUGUACGCGCUGGACCAGAUCAACCAGGACGAGCAACUCUUACCCAACAUCACCCUUGGCGCACGGGUGCUUGACACUUGCUCGAGGGAUACGUACGCUCUGGAGCAGUCCUUAACUUUUGUGCAAGCCCUCAUCACAAAGGACACUUCAGACGUGAGGUGCACGAACGGGGAGCCGCCGGUGUUCGUCAAGCCAGAGAAAGUGGUGGGAGUGAUCGGAGCCUCGGCGAGCUCGGUGUCGAUUAUGGUUGCCAACAUCCUACGCCUGUUUCAGAUCCCUCAGAUCAGCUACGCGUCAACAGCCCCGGAGCUGAGCGACGACAGGCGUUACGACUUCUUCUCACGGGUGGUUCCUCCAGACUCGUUCCAGGCCCAGGCCAUGGUUGACAUCAUCCAAGCCUUAAAUUGGACCUAUGUCUCCACUGUUGCUUCAGAAGGCAGCUAUGGGGAGAAGGGAGUGGAGGCUUUCACCCAGCUCUCCAAGGAAGCAGGUGGAAUCUGCAUUGCCCAGUCUUUGAAAAUUCCCCACAACCCCAAGACGGAGGAUUACGAUAAAAUCAUCCAACAAUUGCUGGAAACCCACAACGCCCGGGCAAUCAUCAUCUUUGCCAGUGAAGAAGACAUACGAGGAGUUCUCAAUGCCACCAAGAGGGCCAACCAGGUGGGCCAUUUCCUGUGGAUUGGAUCUGACAGCUGGGGGUCCAAGAGCAGCCCGAUCCACCAGCUGGAGGACGUAGCAGUGGGAGCAGUCACAAUUCUGCCCAAACGUUCCUCCAUUGAAGGAUUUGAUGAAUACUUUACGGGCCUCACCCUGGAGAACAAUCGCAGGAAUGUGUGGUUUGCGGAAUUUUGGGAGGAAAACUUUGACUGCCGGCUGCUCAGUGCUUCCAAAAGAGAGGACAGCAGCCGCAAGUGCACAGGCCAGGAGCGGAUUGGGAUCGACUCCAAGUAUGAGCAGGAAGGGAAGGUGCAGUUUGUGAUUGACGCCGUGUAUGCUAUGGCCCACGCGCUGCACAACAUGCACAGAGACUUAUGUCCCAAUCAUCCUGGCGUCUGUCCACAAAUGGAGUCCACAGAUGGGAAGAUGCUGCUCAAGUACAUACGCAAUGCCAGCUUCAACGUUACUGUUAGAGUACAUCCAAACAAAAAGCCUCGUGAAGACCAAGGAAAACAUCAGAAAAUGGUAAUAAAUGAAGAACCCAAAAGCUACAAAGACAUAUCCGUUGCCCAUCUACCUACGUUGGCAGGCCUGCCAAGAAGAGCAUUUGUGAGACUCAUAGAGACCCCAGGUAACCCUAGAGGAGCUGCAGAGAUCCACAGAUCAAGGAGUGGAAUCACUUGAUGACACCUCAGUCAUACACUCUACAAAUAUGGCCUUCAUGAAAGGACGGAAAGACAACUAACAAUGCACAUCACUAUGGAGAAAACAUUGGGGUGGUAACAUAAUGUUUUUAAAGUUGGGCAAAAGAAACUGGAUGGGAGACAACAUGUUAGAGACUCGGGAGGAGCGAGAUUCCACUUACAGGAGAAUAAUGACUCAUAAACAUAUAGCCUAAGUUAUAAUGGAAUGGUUUUGAUCAAGUCAUAUAUUAAAAUAGUAUAGUCAAAGUCCAGACUUAAAUCCCCUGAUGUUCACAAAUGUCUGAGUAAAAAAUUGUAUGUAGAUAUGAAAAUCUAUGCCAAAAGCUGCAGUUGCAGCAAAAUGUGGUUUUGAAAAAUAAGAGUCAAGAGGACUGAACACACAUGUACUCCACACAAUCACUUGGUAGCUAUUUUAGUCGAUGAAAAUUAUGGUUGUAAUGUGAAAAGAGGUUAAAAUGUUUGAUGGACAUAACUUUGCAAGAGACAGUAUUUCUAAAAAUGGUAAUAUACUGUUUCAUCUACCAUUAUAUCCUGCAUACUUGGCUCAUUGCUACAUCAUCAUUCAUUUCAGGAGAAACAAAAAAGACAAAAGAAUGCACAUAAGGGCCAGAGCAGUGUGAGAUGAUAAAAACCAGGAAAUAAAAUUCCACAUCCAUCAUGUUUAUGUUCAAUAUGCCAUAAAGAUUAGUCAAGGAAAAGCACAGAGAAUACUUGCGGACAGUGGUCUACGACAUGUUGCUCGAAAAACAACGCUUCUAUACAAGCAUGAAUUUAAAUAGCCACAAAGUUUGCAUGAACAUUAAAAAAAAAAAUCAAAAAACCCAACACAAAAGAAAUCAUAAUAUAAAUAAAAACUACAAAAGACAGAAGCAGUGGCAACAUGAGUAUCUGAAACAUUCACAAAGGAGAACAUGGAAAACAUUCUCACAUAGAGAAAUAGUGAACAUGAGGAACAGGUGUCCUGAUAACAAAUUCAGGACAGAUGCGACUCAGAGAACGGAAAGCAAAACAGACAAGGAAACAGAUGCAAUGCAAAAAGAAAAAAAAAACUUGAUACAAACAGAUAAGCAACCAAAAAUAGCAUUAUUUAUAGUCGGCAGAACAAAAAAGUUCUAGAAAACGAAAGAACCAUGUCAGCACCUAAGGGAUGGCUCCCAGUUGUCCGGAAAAAGAAAAAAAAAAAAAAAAGAGUCCAGCCAAAAGUGGAUAAAAUGAGGUUAAUGGAAUAAAAAGCCCAACUGGAAACAAUGGUAAAGAAAAGAUAAGCAGUUCAGAAAGCAGCCCUGGGGCACUCCAGAUAAGCAAAGCAGUUCAAAAUUCCUUGAGCAACAGGAACAUCACCAGCACCAGGAGUCUGAAUAUGAUGAUGAAUGGCAAUGAUGAAGAUGCACACCAAAUUUUGGGAUAAAGGCAAAACAACUGUAGAGCUAAAGACCGGGAAAAAAUCGGGCAGAGUUGGAUCCCAUUGGAUCCAUUCAGCAGCAUUUACAGUCCACCCAUAACUAUCCCUAAUAAAUAAAUAAAUAUUUUCAACUUGUAGAUGGCUUGUUUGAGUUCGUCUGAACACGGCUGAAUGAGAACGUUCCACAAUCCUUCCUCACCCAGGAGCAUUAUGAGGGAUGUAAAAAAAAAAACAAGGCUCACUGCUGUAAUUAGUAGCAUCUUGGGGUCUCCAUAGCCAUCUUCAAACAUUAUCUACAUGCCAAAUGCAUUUUUGGAGAACACCCUGAGAAAAUAUCUUGGCGUUUGGGAAACAUUAUUGAGAUUUACGUGGAAAUGUAAUUUAUUGUCAAAUGAGGCUAAGCCUUCUAACACCAACACUGUGGUGGAACAGAAACCAUUGACACUGUUAUGCACUCUGAAGCAUAGCAGAGGAUCUGUGAUACUCUGGGACUAUUUCUAAUCUAAUACUUGUGAAAGCUUGUUUGAGCAAUUUGCCACAUGAACUCUAUAAAAUAUAAGGACACCUUAAGUUUAAAUAACUCUUUGUGGUUCUCUGCCUGAAAGCUGAAAAUGGGUCUUCAACAUGUUUUACUGCAUGACAAUGAUCCAAGAUCCACGGCAAAAUCGAGACAAAAAUGUUUCAAAGAACAGAAAAUAAAUCCUCUGUCUUGGCCGUGACUGUCACCAGUACUAACUCUUAUAAAAAGCCUGGGGGGGUUGCUGAAAAGAAUAGAUCAUAAGAGAGUGUCAUAUUCUUUGGACAAGACAGACUGUGACCAGAGAAAUGGUCAAAGAUCUUUCUCUCUGUGUGCUUCAACUACAGAAAAUGUUACAGGAAAAAAUAAAGUGCUGACCUACUGGGAAAGGAGAAAAGUACCAACAGCUGUAGAUAAGUGUGAAUUUGUUUUUUUCAUUAAAAAAAAAAGUAUUUACAUUAUUUAAAGUAGCCCCCCCCUCACCAUCCAUACUUUUAAGAUUUGUAUAAGUAAAAAAAUAAGUAUCCUCGUUAUUACACCUCACCAUUAUGUGCUACUUUGAGUUGGUCUAUUACGGACAAUUCUUUCAGCAUAUUUUGGCUGCUUGUCAACUUUGGAAGCAGCCCUACCACAACGUUUAUAUAAAUCAGAGGAGUGGGAAGAAAGGAAUUUAAAUUGAUACAGGAAAUGGCGAACAGUGGGGCAAUGACCUAUACACUGAAAAAAGUAUUAACAGGCCAGUGGUUCUGUUAUCAGUGCAUGCUUUUCAAAAGCUUGUUUAGUUAGUAUUGUUCUGCUUCACAGAAGUAUGUAAAUAACUUUAUCUUGAAGACUUUGAAAGUCUUGGUGGUUGAUGAUUUGUGCUCAGCAUCAAAUAGGAUCAACAUCAUGUUGAGCUUUGACUGUUUGCCUGAUGCUUCAGAAUGAAUCGGGGAUGAAAAUGAGACAAUAACUUGUAGAAUCUGGCUUCACAAAAUGAAAGUAGUCACAUAAAAAUAUUUGAAUUUCAACACUUUUCAGUGCAAUGUUAUUCUUUUGCAGUAAAGAAUGCUAUUUUUUUCCACAUUUUGGUUGGCAAUAGGGAUGGAGGGCACACAGCUUGAAGGCUGAGGCAUUUGCUGCUGGGUUUUCCGUUGACCUGGUGGCCUGACGUGGUGUUGGUGAGGUCCAGGGUGGAAAGCUGAGUCAAACUCUUAAGCAUGCUUGGCUCAACGACUUGACCUGAAAACCUGAGUUAGGCUGAGAUUGAUAACUUUCUAUAAACUGUUUAAACUGUGAGCCGUUGCCCACUGGAGAUAGUGGGGAUUCUCCCUUGUGACUCCACUAGGUAUAAUGGAUGGCAAUGGAUGGAUGCUAGACACAAACAUAAAACAAAACACAAAUUAAUGUUGGGAGAAGGAAAGGAACAACAACAAAAAAAUCCAAGUUAAUAGUAGAAAAUCUAAAAAACACAACAUGAUAUACAGUCUCAUGAGUACAAGACACAAUUUAGCUUUACAUUCGCUUUCAUUUAAAUGUCAAAGUUAAACUUUUAGACAUUUUGAGCAAAAUGUAUCUUGGCUGUGGCUUUAGCUGAACUACUGCACUAUUUAGCCUUGUACAGACAGAAUAAGAUAGCUCAUAAUGACAGCUGCUUUAAAAUUCAGAAGUGAAUAGAGAAGAGGAACCAGCAGGGAGAUACGUUUAAAACAAGGGGAACCUUUGUCACUACAAAUUUUCCGCUAUGUAUGUCUGACAGUGAUCAUUAAAGAGUCCUUUGAAGUACUCUGGGUUUUUAGAGAGCUUUCUAAAGACAUCUCUGCUGUUUAUUAAAUAAUAGAUCACUGUAAUCUUUUCAGAACAUUUCAACUUAAAGAGGUGAACCCAGUUUUCUUUGUGGUGUCUUUAUCAAAAUGAACUCUCUGCUGUUUAAAAUGUAGGAUUUGAUUGGCUAUGUACCAGAUAUAUAUGCUUCAGUACAUAUUUAGGAGCGUUCCUCUUUUUGGGGCUAAUUUUUAACCUGGCAUUUUUCAGAAAUUAUAGACCCACCCUGAAAAGUCAACACACAUCCAAUGACUAAAGAGGGGGAAUUAGAAAAUUUGACUGCUUGCCUAGUUUGAGAAAUGAACAAAAUGCUGAUAUUUUGUAUACAAAUGAAUAAAAACCAUUUUUUAUGUGUUUUUGUCAUAGUUGGAUGUCGUCUCUUGCUUAAAGCAGACCUAUUGCCAGAUGAGAAUGAGUCACACUGUUUAUCCUGAUCCUCUAAUUUUUCUGUAUCGCCAUUAAUAAUUCAAAUGGCAUAACUUAAGAAAUUUGAGAGGCAUAGCAAUCAGGCUAAGUUUCCAUUGUAUAUCCUUUUUUUUUUUCAUCAGAAAUAAACAGUUGGAGGAGGCUUUAUUCCAUUUAAAUAUUAAUCCCACAGUUAUCCCUUUCACUCUGAACUAAAACUGUGCAGGAGCAAUCUUGGAGGUGAGUCGAAGCGUUUUUAUGAAAAUCAAAUGAUUGCACACGAUGGAGAACUGUCUGGAAGCUGUUAUACAACAAAGAAAUCCUCUUAUUGAUUUGAAGCCACAUUUUUAGGCGGGAAUUUUCAGUCUGACUUGUCUGUUUAUUGUUUUAGUAUUUACCAGACUAUCAUAAAAUCUGAAAGAGGGAAGAAAAUUAGAAACACAAUGAAUAAAUGUGGUUUUAAUAUUCAUUUUUUUGUUGGAAAUGAGAGACCAAAUUUAUUUAAUCAUCAUGACUAUGCUCUGGCCUUCACAAGUUUAUGUGUUUUGACUCAACAGGAUUUUGGUCGUCGAGAAAUUCAGUAUGUGGUGAAUGCAAAAAGACAAGAUUGCUUUUUUUUUUUUACUCUUAGGGGGAGGUAAUUUGUUUUAUUGUUGGAUAACAAUGACAACAGUUUUUAGCCAGUAAUUCUUACCUAACAAGAAAAAAAAAUGUAAUGACUUAAAAAGAACUGAGAACAUGCCUUUAGCACAUCAUCACAAAAGUGUUCCUCCACUAUGCCAUUUACAACCAUUCUAGGAAGCAUUGGAGUGAGAAGUAGUUCUCUUGAUAAGAUGAGCACCACUAAUUUCCACCAAAUAAGUCUUGUUCUCUCUUACUCACAGUCUGAGUACACUCAGAAUGUGAGUAAGAGUCACUUUGACAAAAUGUCUCAGCAUUUUGUCAAAAAUAGCUUGAAUUUGAAAUCUGUUCUUACAUCUCUGUGCUUCCUCUGAUUAAUUUUUAAACACCUAAAUGAAGCUGAAAAUAUCCAAUGUUCUUGCUUCAACACCAACUUCCAAACUGUAUGGUAAUGCAGUCACCCCACCUUUGUAGUGCUUAGUACAUGCUGUUUUUUCAUUUGAAAUAAAACAUAAAAUUUCCUACAGAUAAUAUGUAACAUGCUAUUUUAAGCCAAUAUAGAAACCAAUUUUCAGGAAAUGUGUCUCACAACAAGAACGUUUCAGGUUUGAAUCCAGGUGGUGGAGGGUUUUCAUAUUCUUCAUAUCAGUAGGACAGAGGAUAUGUGUGAUCAAUUGAAUUUUUCUAUAUUAGUGGUGUGAUGGAUUGGUGACCAGUGGAAUAGGCUACAGCC